CGACAAACAAAUCUGCUUCUUUUCUAUCUUGCUUUCUCUACGCCCACAGUGUGUCAGCAACAAACCGCUAGCAAAGCAGACAUCAGUAUAAGGAAAUCGUUGUGUAAUUUGCCUUAAAGCUUGCAGAAUGUCCCGCAGAUAUGAUUCCCGGACGACAAUUUUCUCACCUGAAGGUCGCCUCUAUCAGGUGGAGUAUGCCAUGGAAGCCAUUGGUCAUGCUGGGACAUGUCUGGGGAUUCUAGCCAAUGAUGGCGUGCUGUUGGCAGCAGAGAGGCGUAACAUCCACAAGCUGCUCGAUGAAGUUUUCUUUUCAGAGAAAAUCUACAAGCUCAAUGAAGACAUGGCUUGCAGUGUAGCUGGUAUAACCUCAGAUGCCAAUGUUUUAACCAAUGAGCUGAGACUAAUUGCACAGAGAUAUCUACUGCAAUACCAGGAGCCAAUUCCCUGUGAGCAAUUGGUGACGGCCCUGUGUGACAUCAAGCAAGCCUACACACAGUUUGGAGGCAAGAGGCCGUUUGGAGUGUCACUGCUGUACAUGGGCUGGGACAAACACUAUGGCUUCCAGCUGUAUCAGAGCGACCCUAGUGGGAACUAUGGGGGUUGGAAGGCCACUUGCAUCGGCAAUAACAGCGCUGCUGCAGUGUCCAUGCUCAAGCAGGAUUUUAAAGAGGGUGAGAUGACCCUGUCUUCUGCCCUGGCAUUGGCCGUUAAAGUGCUGAACAAGACCAUGGACGUCAGCAAGCUCUCAGCAGAGAAAGUGGAAAUAGCCACACUGACCCGUGAGGAAGGCAAGACCAAGAUCAAGGUGCUGAAACUGAAAGAAGUUGAGGAGCUCAUCAAACGUCAUGAGGCAGAGGAAGCAAAGGCAGAGAAGGACAAGAAGGAGAAAGAGCAGAAGGAGAAAGACAAAUAAGCACUCGUCAAUUGCACAAGUGAUAGUAAAUUGAAAAAUAGAUUCAUCCACCUCUAACAUGUUUAACGUUUGUCUUUUCUUUAAUAAAAUAUGUAAAACACUCUGUUUCA